AUAUCUGUUCUUGAAAGUAAAUAGAGCAAACACUAGAAUUCAGAUAAGGAUAUUUAGAAACAAAGUGGGCAUUUUCCUAAUUGUACCUGCUUCUUUUGAGCCAAACUAAGAAGUUCAUAUGAAUUCAAACUGUUUUGACACAGAUGUCACCUUCAGCUGUUGGAUCUUUUUACUGAAAUUCUGUUGAAGAGCAAGCAAACGGUGGCACUGGAUUCAGAGACUGACCUUGGAGGGACGAUGGAGGGGUAUGGUCAUGAGCACUUUGGUGCAGAUGCAGCGAGGGAGAGCCAGAAGGAUUAUCAGAGAAUUGUUGGAGAAACUCAGCCCCCAUGUGCCGACGUUUCACCCCGGGGAUGUGAAGUCUUUGUCCGGCAAACCUCACAUGGACAUGGGCAUGAAACUGCAGCCCAGAGAUACAGUGCCACACGCAUCCAGGCAGGACUAGGCCCAGAGAGCAUGGCGGAUUACUUAAUCAGCGGUGGGACUGGCUACGUCCCUGAAGAUGGACUCUCAGCACAGCAGCUCUUCUCGGUUGGAGAUGGCCUUACAUACAAAUCUGACCAACAGUGCGUUGUCUCCGAUGGUCAUACGGCUGAAGAGCUAUGCUCUAAAGGAGAUGGGUUGACUUACAAUGACUUCCUGAUAUUACCUGGCUUCAUUGACUUUACCUCGGACGAAGUGGACCUGACAUCAGCGCUGACCAGGAAGAUCACAUUAAAGACUCCUCUCAUCUCCUCCCCCAUGGACACUGUUACAGAGUCAGCUAUGGCUAUCGCUAUGGCGCUAAUGGGAGGCAUUGGCAUGAUUCACCAUAACUGCACACCAGAAUUCCAAGCCAAUGAGGUCCGCAAGGUCAAGAGGUUUGAACAGGGUUUUAUCACAGACCCAGUGGUGAUGAGUCCGCGCCACACAGUGGGGGAUGUGUUUGAGGCCAAAGUUAGACAUGGCUUCUCUGGUAUUCCUGUUACAGAGACGGGCAAAAUGGGCAGCAAACUGGUGGGCAUCGUCACCUCCCGAGAUAUCGACUUCCUCUCUGAGAAAGACCACGGCAAGUCUCUGGAAGAGGCCAUGACAAAGAGGGAUGAGUUGACAGUGGCCCCAGCCGGUGUUACUCUGAAGGAGGCCAAUGAUAUCCUGCAGCGCAGUAAAAAAGGCAAGCUUCCCAUCGUAAAUAACAAUGACGAGCUGGUGGCCAUUAUUGCCAGGACAGAUCUGAAGAAGAACAGAGACUACCCGCUGGCCUCCAAAGACCCACGCAAACAGCUGCUGUGUGGAGCCGCCAUCGGCACCAGGGAGGACGACAAGUACAGACUGGACCUGUUGGUGCAGGCCGGAGUGGAUGUGGUUGUUCUGGACUCUUCACAAGGCAACUCUGUGUAUCAAAUCAACAUGAUAAGUUAUAUUAAACAGAAGCAUCCAGAAUUGCAAGUAGUGGGAGGAAAUGUGGUUACAGCAGCCCAGGCCAAGAAUUUGAUCGAUGCUGGUGUCGAUGCUCUGAGAGUCGGCAUGGGCUGCGGCUCCAUCUGCAUCACACAGGAAGUCAUGGCGUGCGGGCGGCCUCAGGGGACCUCGGUGUACAAGGUGGCAGAGUACGCCAGGCGGUUCGGGGUGCCAGUCAUCGCUGACGGGGGUAUUCAGACUGUGGGCCAUGUGGUGAAGGCUCUGUCUCUCGGAGCGUCCACUGUGAUGAUGGGCUCGUUGCUAGCGGCGACUACUGAGGCUCCAGGGGAGUACUUCUUCUCUGACGGUGUGCGGCUGAAAAAGUACCGUGGCAUGGGCUCCCUGGACGCUAUGGAGAAGAGCACCAGCAGCCAGAAACGCUAUUUUAGUGAGGGUGACAAUGUGAAGGUGGCCCAGGGGGUGUCAGGGUCGGUCCAAGACAAGGGCUCCAUCCACAAGUUUGUACCCUACCUGAUAGCUGGGAUCCAGCACGGCUGCCAGGACAUCGGGGCAAAGAGUCUUUCUGUUCUCCGUUCCAUGAUGUACUCUGGGGAGCUGAAGUUCGAAAAAAGGACCAUGUCUGCACAGGUGGAGGGAGGAGUUCAUGGACUCCACUCUUACGAGAAGCGGCUUUACUGAGCGGGGGGAUGGAAUGCAGAUCAUCGGGGCACCUGACACAACCAAUCUAACAGUGACCAAAUGUUAAAUUGCCACUUCUGUUCAAAUACGCACCUCCCACUACACCCUCUCUGCCCUCUCCUCCGUACUAUCCACCGUUACUCUCUCUUGAGUCCAACAAGCUGUUUUUGGGAGGAAAGAGGCACAGUAGCAAAAUGAGAACCUUCAAACUGAAACCCGACUUUCCGAACACCUGGGAUUUUGCACUCAAGAAGUGGCACAUCGGAGUUUUUGGGAAUCACGUACACACCUGUAUCUUGAGUAUGUGGCUGAUCCCAUUUUAGCGUGUUUUGUGUCUUCAUGGCGGUGAGAGAAGGAACUGCGUGUGGGUUUGGUGGAUUAAGGUGCGUGUCUGACUGCGUCAUAGUUUAAAAUGUGUCUUGGGACAAAGAAAGUGAAGGUGCACUGCGUUUAUUUGUCCUAUUAUUAUUAUUAUUAUUAUUAUUAUUAUUAUUAUUAUUAUUAUUGAGUCUACAACAGCCAUUUUGCAAAUCACAUCAGCAUCUUAUCUGGCUUUUUUGGGAUCCACGCUUCCCAGCACGCUCCUCCCUCUGAAGCCUCACAUCAUAGCUCUUAGCACACAAGUACAUGCGGAAAAACAAGGCAAAACACUUUCUAUGUGUAGUGUCAGUGCAUCAUGGCAAUCUUAAUUCUUUUUUUGUGCAUUUUUAAGUCAUUAAAUGUAAAAGCUACUUAACGUACAGUAGCUGCUUUUGAUUCAUUGCAUAUUGUUUACUUCCUGUUUUGUGGAUCCCGAGGUACGAGCCAUAAGCUGCGCAGAUUAUCCUGUUGACUUUAUCCUCCAUUGUCCCCUACAAUCAAAAGCCAAAACCCAGACCCACAGUCUGGACAUUAAUUUCCCCCUCAACAACCUCUUGACUAAUAAUCAGUGUCCCAUCUCCAUGCACAUUGCUCAUAUGUUGAGCAUGGAAGGGACCAAAAGGCUAAAGAUCAGGUAUGUUUGAAAGAACCUAAAACGUAUAAAUCAAUCAAAAAUUGUUCAUAUACUCUAAUUUGAAUACUUUUAGAUUAAAGAAGCUUUAUAUUAAACCUGUAUAGUCUUGGGGGGCUUUGAAUUGAGCAUGAAAUGUUUUUGAUAUGCAUGUUUGUUUUUUCACUAAGCCAAACAUGGCUGUAUUUAUAUUCUGCUUUAUUGUAAUGACAUACAUACUGCCAAGUGUCUUUACACUUCCUUUGACACUUUCCUUUUGUAAAUUCAAAACCAAAAUUGGCACGAGAAGUCGCUCGUUACCUUGUCAGUUGUUCAUUCCUCAGUUCUCACAAUGUGGCAUACGUUCUCAGUGGCAGGGUUACUUUGUUUCUGAUGUAUUUUUUUUUCUUUUUACCGGAGAUAUACCUUGAAACAGGGAUGGAUACAGGCUGCACGACAGCUCAGUGAAAAAGCUUAAUGCUACCCUUCCUCUUGCCUCUUUUUCUUACUUUGAAACAGCAUUGCUUCGUUUGUUCUCAUUCAGCUUAUGUAGGCGUAGGCUUUUCUAACAUUCCCAUUCUGGAUGUCCUUUUGGCCAGAUGUUUUUUUUUUUUUAAAUAAAAUGUCCCAUAUUGUAGGAGCUGAUGUGCUUUCUUUAACAUACUAAUGUACCUUACCCUGCACAGGGUCCCCUUGACUAACAAAAGCCUUGCAAUUUGCCUAAAUUGCAAACACAUUGUACAAUUUAAAUAUAUGGAGAAACAUAUACCUAUAUCCAGUUGGAAAUGACUGCUGCUUGUUUUCAGUUUCCCCAUCUAAAGAGAUAGUUCAGGUUUUUUAAAUGUCAUGUUUGUACUGAGUCCUGUGAGUCCAUCUAAAAAGUACUUUUUUUGUAGUGUUGCACUUUUGUAUGAUUUCAGCUUCAAUAUAUUGCAAAGAAGCUACAGGAGCUUCUGCAACCAACAACCAAAACAAUAAGUAAUACUUUUUAGAUGGAUGGAAAAUACUCAAAAUGCAACAAAUCCAUAAUGGGUUCCUGAGGAAUAUCACUUUGGAACAUGUUUACAGUAUAACACACAAAAGAAAGUUGCUGUUGCUUUCAAUAUGAUACAAAAAUAAUAAAUAAACAAACUGUGUAUG